AUGGGCAGCAUUUACUACCGCUUCGGCAGCGAGCGCGGCAUAUGGCGUGAGUUAAACAUAGAUGUGGAUCUUACUGCUGGGUUAUUAGUAUCGGACCUUAAAAUUUUGGUUGCUGAAGAAACUAAUUUGUCGCAUGAAUUUGCACGCAGGACAGAUUUGUCCCUAUCUUUAUACGAUAGCAAUGGAAAUACUACGCAAUUGGGCGACAAUUGUUUGGUCCACCCAGGGGAACGGAUAGUGGUGAACCGCAUAGCAUGGACGAGAGCACCAAAUAUAGUUCACGAAGCAUCUAAGCAAUUAUCUGCAAUUGAAAUUGCAUUACCCAGUCCUACACUGGAAAAUGUGUUACCAGAUUCGCUAAUUUGCACAUUAUGUCAGCAAACUAUGAAGAAACCUGUACUGGUAAAGUGUACAUUUGCAUGUGGUGCAUCUGGAUGUAAAAAAUGUGUGUUAAGGAUUAUGGAUAAAAACGUUCAACAUGAAGGGGUUCAAGAUGGGGUGGAUACUAGUGCAUAUAAUAAUAAUAAAUGCCCAUUUUGCAAAAAGGGGCAUGUAACCGCUAUAACAAUCAAUCGCAGAUUACAAAGUUUACUUCAAUCUCUUGAUGCUAAUAAGAAUGAUAUUACAGAUUGUAAAGAUCAUGUGGAUAAUGGUGAUCAAUUGAAAAUUGACCAAAGCAACGCAGAUAAUAUAGUGAAUGAUGCAGACCAUCAAAAUGAUAGCGAAAUGGAUGAAGAUGAUAAUUUACAUUUACCAACGUUCUCUUAUCCCUCUCAUUACGUAUACCUAUUGUCUAAUGAACUAUUUAAUCUAGUACGGAGUAGUGGAUAUACAUUCAUAUCCGAGGGACAGAGUUCUUGGCUCGGUGUAUAUCUAGAUGCCGAGGGUGAUAGUAGUGAAGCCAAGAUCAUACCCAUAUCUCUUGUGGGUGGCGGCACCAGUUAUGUUAUCGGGGGAGUAUUUAAACUAGGCACCAAGUGUAAAGUACAACUACAAUACGACGAAGCGGCCAAGGAGUUUCUAGAACAAGCGAUAAAGCUCGGUAUAGACACUAAUGGACUAGCUGUAUACCGUUCUAACUGGAUAAACAAAUUUUUAGAUACACCAAUGGUACCUAUAAGAAAGCAACCCUUCGUAACAUUCAUAUCCAACAACACAUUCAAAGGCAACAAUGGAAUACUGUCUAGCAAAAAACUUUUAUUUAAUGAAUGCACCGAAAUAGCAAUUGAUGAGCAUACAUUCAAUUUAGUGGUCGCUGCUGUAAACACUCACAAUCCAAUGGCAUCAAAACUGUCUGUUAAGAAUGUGAUGAAAGAUACUGUUAAAAGGAAGGUUAAAAGACUUAAUUGGCGAGAUGCUUGUUAUCCUGGAGGCCCAAAUCCUCUGCCUAUGCACCUCGGGGAUACUAACCCGUAUGCAGGUUACUGCCAUUUAUUACCGUUCCUGAGUGAAUCCCAAUUUCAGUUACUAAAAAAGGCCCAAGAAUUACUGAAGAUAAACUUCCUGAAGUCUUUCAAAAAGAACGUAAUAAAAUCAUUAAAAAUGGGCAAAAUUUCCAAGAAAGUUGCUGGGAAACUGCUGUGUAAAAUGUAUGAUAACAUGAACAACAUAGUUGUCACGGAUGUGAAUGUUUGA